AUGACAGUGUCCAAUGACACGGCCAGCGGGGGUCCGACCAGCUCCAGCCCAGAGAGCUGUGUGGAGGGGGGCCUGGGGGAGAGGGGCUGCAGGGACCACGGCCGCAGCUGGAGCCCUGUAGAGGGCCACACACAAGGGCCCACGGCAAGAGAAGGUCCAGGAGGAGAGGCAGAGGAAGAGGUGAAGGACAGACUGACGGAGGUGCCACGGCGCCCAGCUGAACAUCGUCCCAGCAUCAGGUCUCUGUCCCCGUUCAGACGCCACAGCUGGGGAGCAGGGAAGAACACAGCAGGAAACGGAGACAUGAACCAAUGCAGGGCCACACAAAGUCCCGGGGAAGGAAAGCCAACGUUUCACAGGAGAAGCUACAGCCUGGAGGGUCUGAGUGAAGUAAGUGACGAUGGGAAGGGCCCGGCGGCCCUGGGCGCCAUUACCCAGGAGGCCAGGCUGCGUGGAGUGGUCUGUCACCAGGGCAGCAACGAGGAGAGGGUCAGGUCUCUAGAAUCUCUGACUGAAGAACACCAAUCAGAGCUGGGGGUUCGCACCAAUGAGCACGGACAGAAGUCCAGGAGGUAUCGUCCGUUGAGACACAGUUGUCCUCCCAUGACCCUCCCCCUGACCAAGUCAGUGUCCACGCUCAGAAUCAACCAGAGAGACAUGGAUAGUACCAGGUCAUUCUCCAGCACUUCUGGAUCUCUGGCUUACAGUAUAUCUGAGGAGGACAUAGCGGGUCCCCUGAGGACGGACUUUGAUGGGAAGAGUGGAACCAAGGUUAGCCGAACCUUCAGCUACCUCAAGAACAAGAUAUACAAGAAGACCAGGGAAAAGGAUGGAGAGAAGAGUCGAGACAAAGACGAGAGGAGAGAGGCGAAGGCCAGAGAGAGAUGUACGCUGAACGGACAUCACUUCAGCAUGGUCUCCUCCCAGACACAAUCCUCCUCCUGCCACCAAUGCAGCAAAACCAUCAACACUAAGGAUGCCUUUCUCUGCACCAAUUGCAAUUCACAUGUUCACAAGAGUUGUAGAGAAAGCCUGCCUGUCUGUGCCAAGGUGAAGAUGAAGGCACCCUACUUCAAACCCUGA